AUGGAACCCGUAGCGAUCGCCCGAAUAACAGAUCAGGGAAAAUUUCUUGUUGAUAAUGAUAAACUAGUUGAAAUAUUUGGCCCACUCAAGGAUAAAGAUCUGUCAAUUAUUUCUGUCGCUGGUUCAUACAGAACUGGAAAAUCGUUCAUGCUGAACUUUUUUAUUCGAUAUCUUUGUCAACGCGGGUGGGAAAAUACUCAUUGGCUAGGAUCUGACGAUAAAAAACUACAGGAUGGUUUUGAUUGGAAACGAGGCUCACAUGCUCAUACUCAGGGAAUCAAUGUUUGGCCAGAAAUAUUUGAAGUUCCUUCGGAAAAUGGAAAAAUGGUUUCAGUGAUGAUUGUAGACACUCAAGGUCUGUUUGAUAAUGAUAACACGCCAGAUACCAAUGCUAAGAUCUUGUCAAUCAGCACUUUACUUUGCUCGCAUCAGAUCCUGAAUAUUCAAAACCGGCUUGAUGAAAGAGAUCUGGAGCAUUUGCAGCUUUCUGUAGAAUACGCCUGUGCUGCUGUUGGCCUUUUUAGAGAAAGAGAUGGGAGAGGGAAACAAAGAACAACGUUUCAGAAAUUGACAUUUCUGAUACGAGACUGGGUUAACAAUGAUGAAUACCCAUAUGGGAAUGGAGGUGACGAGUACAUGGAUAAAAUAUUAAGAGUGAAAUCCAAAUCUAAAACCGUAAAUGAUGUGAAAGAGUCCGUGCAUCGUGCUUUUGACGAAGUCAAAGGCUUCCUCAUGCCGCAUCCAGGACAAAAAGUGUGCGCAGGAGACCAGUCAACACUUAGUAACGCAGACAUCGAACCUAUUUUCCGCGAGUACACAAUGCAACUGACUGAAGCUACAUUGCAUCCAAGAAAUCUGAUUAUGAAACAAAUGUUUGGAAAGCCGAUCUCAGCUAGUGCGUUGAUGAAUCUUCUUGCGACAGUCAGUAAUUCAUUUAGAGAUGGAAAACUUCCAGAAAUCGGAACAAUGCUCGAAAACACAGUUCGAGCAAAUAAUGAUGAAGCUGUUCAAAGAGCUGUACGCAGAUACAAAGAAGUGAUGACAGAGCUUGUUCAUCGGGAAAUUUACACGCCUGAUGUUCUUCGUGAAUUUCACGAUAACGCAGUUGGCGAAGCCACACUAACAUUUUAUGAAAUAUCAACUUUGGGAGAAGAGAAUGAUAAAGAUAAAGCGCAUCAACAUGCAAUUAAAGAAUGUGAAGAUUAUUACAGAAUUGUGGAGCAGGAAAAUGAAACAAGAAAGUCCAAAGUGAUAGAAGAAAUCAACAACUUAUCAUCCGCUAUGGAAACGCAAUACAUGGAGACAAUGAGGGAUUAUCAAAUGGAUAUACUGGGAAUCAAUCAAGUAGCGAGUGACGUUUUUUCCAAGUUUCAGCAAGCAUUUUCUCGGUGUGGAGACGAAUACUGCUUGGACAUUGAAAGUCUUCAAAAGACCGAGUACGAAAAAUGCUUGGAACAGUAUGAUGCACAAACAGCCAAAUAUGACGACUAUGCUACAGUGAAAAAUACUCGUGAAAAACUGUCUAGAAACAUGGAACAACAUUUUACUGAUCAUGUCAAACGUGUCAAUGAAAACAACAAGAUUACUUCAGAUGGUAUAUGA